AUGGCUCAGGAUCCGAGUGACGGAAUUGAUCAGGAGCUUCUGAGCCAUGCUCAUCUGAUUUCCGCGAACCAUUAUGCCGACCAGGCACGUGUCGAUUUGAACCAAGUUACGAAAUGGCUUUUGGCCGCCCCUCAAGUCGCAAAAGACAAGGCCCCGUUCUUCUGGACCUACCUCGAUAGACCCCGCGACGGCCAGAUUUAUCUCACAUGGCAACCGCUCAAAAGGCUUGGAACCAACUUCGCCAGCGAUGGCAUGAUCUGGGGCCCUGAGCAAUACCACAGACAAGACGUUGGCAAUGGAUUGUCUCUCGAGAUCCACUACAUCAAGUCGGGUUUCAUCCCCGGCGAGUCGGUCGCCAUGCAUGCCCGCCGCAGAUUCCGUCUUGUGCCUUCGCAGACAGGUGUGAUGAACGCGCCGCAGCCCGAUAUCAGCCUCUGGAUCGUCCACUACGGGCCGUCGGACCCUCCUGACCGCGUGCCGGUCAACCUUAUUCCCGUCUCCCAAGAUACUCAGCACAUCAUGGCCACCCGCAACCACCUGCAGAAGUGCGGUCAGAUUGCUCGCAAGGACUUCAUGUUAUCCGACCGUGCUAGCUGGCCAAGUAUCCAGUUCCCCCGCAAUGGAGGACGACCUCAGAUGUACAACCCUCCAGCCCCGUCACGGAGGGUUCCUCAGCAGAUGGCCUACCCUCCCUCUGGCCCCUCGGGUCGCCGUGGCCGCCAAACCCAGGCUCAAGCCCAGGCCCAGGCUCAGGCGCAAGCCCAGCAACAAGCCUUGGCGCACGCCGAAGCCCUGCACGACGAUGAGGAAUUGGAGAAGGACCUCUUUGACCAUCUUACUCCCAGAGACGUUUCCUUUGCGCGGUACCAGCAGAACCACGAGUGGAUGGAAGAGAUCGUUUCUUCCCCUUACGGUCUCGCCCAAAUCGCACCGCCUGAUCUCGGACUUGGCCUUAAGGGUGAGCUCGCAUCUUUGACCGAUGGUAUUUUCACGGCACAAAGCGCGAAUGCACUUACUGAGGUUCCUCAGAAGCCGUACAUUGGUCGGUUGGAGCCUGGUCUCGCAGACGAGUUCAGAAAGAGAGUCCAAGAACAUCUCGAGACGACAAAAGCGGAAAUGGAGAAGAUGAAGGCAGAGCAUGCAAAGAACCUGGCUAGUCUAAAGGCCAGCUCCGUGUUUGUGGAUGCAGAGAAGGAGGUCAAGAACUCCAUUCAGGAGCGGGGCCCGGAGAUUUGGCGUCUGGAGGGCCAUUCCACAGAUGCGGACGACAACUCUGGCACAUGGUCUCAAAAGCACAACAAGAAGGUGGAUGACAUCGUGGCGCAAGUCGAAGCCAACCUUGGCCGCCAUAUUGAGGUCCUUCACAACGUUCAUCGUAUCCAGGAUGGCGGCUUCCAGGAGCCGGCCCCUGAGCCCGUGAAAGAGCCAACACCAGCUCCGCCGCCUGCGGCUUCUCCACAAGCUCCGGCGGCAGGCGCUGAGCCAAGCGGUACCGCCUCCCGGCGACCCUCUCAGGCCGGUUCUCAACAUAGUGGCGUUAUGGUCGGCGACUCGGACAUCGACAUGGGCGGCACUGCUGCGGGUCUCCUUGAUCAAAUGCACACUGGCUUCUCUGCCACAUCUACUCCUGUCAACAACUUCCCCACACCACAGGCUCACCUUUCAGCGCUCAACUCGAACGCCGGCACACCGGCCAACGCAAACGCGCCUUCGCCGGCGCCAGUGCCAACAACGAUCCCUGAAGAGUCAGAGGUCCAGUCUGUCCCAUCUGGCGGAGAGGACGUCACAAUGGGCAACACAGAACCUCCAAAGGAUGCACCCACCGCGCCUGACCAAGGGACUGGCAGCGGGGACUGGGUGAUGGUACCUAAGGGGGGUGCAUCGCCGGACCCUGCCGCCGCGGCCAACGCCAAUGCGACUGAGAGUGAGGCCCCGAAGCCGACUCCCAAAGCUCCUUCUGCCGCCGGUACCCCUGCCGGAGAGACCCCUGGUGGCUUCAGCUCCCUCGGCGAUCUCGAUUCUGCCGGCGAUGCAAUGGCGAGUUAUGGAGCAUCGCUGGGUGAUGGCUUGGACAUGAACGCGGAAAUAGAUGACUCUGCUUUCGGUGAUGCUUUCCACGGCAUCUCCAACACGAAUACGCCUGGAAACCAAUCUGAAGGCGCUUAG